GCACGGCCUAACACAUAUACCCUCAGCUCGCUCCGCCAUGUCUCCUGCGACCGACACCGAAGAACAGCAACAACAGCAACAACAGCAGGAAAAGUCUGGUGCGUCGUUGCUGAAGGAGCGUAGGUUCAAGCUGAGCAGGGCGUGUGAUCGUUGUCGCCGCCGAAGAAUCAAGUGCGACGAGGGCCACCCAUGUCAGGCUUGUCUCAGCGCCAGCUCUCCUUGUACGUUCGAGGAGCCGGGGAAGCGAAGUCACCCGCACAAAUCAAAACGGACAGCCACACUGGAAGACAGGAUGCACCACCUCGAGAGCCUCAUCCAGGCCAUUCCCCCAGCCGUCUUUGCUGCUGGUGGAUCUUCCGCGUUCGCAAACAUGCCCAGUACCUCUAGUGAUCCGACGAGUCCUCACGCCAUUCUCGGAUCAUCGACUCACGCAUUUCCGCCCACAGCGCCUCCACCGUCACUCAACAUCUUCCCCCUCAUGAAUCCGUCCACACAUUUCACCCCUACCGUCAACUCGCGCCACCCUAGCCCUAAUGCUGUAGGGAACGAGACCAGUAGCACCGACGGGAUGCCCGAAGAUACCGCCCGCAUGUGUCUAUCCUCGUCAUACUUGUACCUCGACGAUGAGGGCUAUACGCGAUGGCAAGGCGAAACUUCUGGUCUUCCCAUUCUCGAUCUUCUCGUCGAGCGGCACCACCCACAGCCAAAACGAGAACGGGACCCGAGUCCACAGGAGGAAUCCUGGUCGACGAAGAGCCCGUACGCGACUUCGGGCCUGUGGUUCCCAGACCGCACACCGAAACGGACGGAUAUCAACCCAGAGAAGAUCUGGAAGCUGAUCACGUCGUUCAUCAGCCCGGAUCUCAUGGACAGCCUGGUGCAGUGCUAUCUGUCCACGUCGUACUACCUGAUGCCGUUCCUUCAUAUUCCCACAUUCCUGAAUGAUUACGGUAAUCCUCAAAAAUGGGGAGAGCCAGGCUUCGCUGCCUUCAUCGUCGCCGUGUGUUGUCUUGCCUCACGCCACAUCGACGAUCCCCGCGUUCGUGCCGAUCCGAGCGACGGCAUCUCUUCUGGUACUCAGUGGUUCGAACUCUUCGCCAAACUUCGAACUCUCCCCGCCGCAGACCGACCUACAGUAUACACCGUCCAAGCCGUCCUAGUCGCCGGUGUUUACGCCAUUGGAUGGGGCAAGCUCUCCCGGGCGUUUGCCCUCCUUUCCGAGUCCAUCACGCUCUCCGUCGACUCUGGCCUCCAUCGAUCCGCGGACGCGUACGACAUCUUCGACCCGAUCGAGGAGGAAGUCAGGAAACGGACGUUCUGGUGCGUCUAUAUGUGGGACAAGCAGGCGAGCGCGCAUUUUGGUAGGCCACCGAUGGUCAGGCUAAGGGAUUGCGAUGUGGCCGAGCCGGCGGCGGUGGACGACGAAUUCAUCACGCAUGACGGGGUGGGGCCGCAGCCGCCGGACACGGAGAGUAGGAUGGGAGCCUUCGUUUGCGUUUUGCGGUUCUUUGUCGUGCUGGAGUCGGUUCUGGACACGCCACCACCGAAGUACUUUGGCGAUUCCUCACCAUUCUUGCAUCGAGUUACAGGGAUCCUGUCCGGUUUCCGUCGACACAAGGGCCUGCGCGAGGAGGAGACGCUGCUGGACGAAGUCUGUGCCUCCGUUCCCCCGCACUGGGGACAUUCGCAGGAGACGAUGUCGAGCGACGAUGUGAUCCAGGUUACGCACGCGGAGAGGAUACAUUGUCUACACCAGUUUGUGAGGAUGCUCAUCAUGCGCCAUCGGUUUUCGGAGCUGGUGGCGGUGAGAGCAUCGACGGGCGACCAGGAGCAGACGGACGUUGAAAUCAACGCCAUGUCUGUGGCGCACUCCUGCGCACUCCAGAUCGUUACCGCCCACCUGCACAUCGCCACCAAGGGUCUCAUGACAUACUACGGCGUUCAUGUCAUUCAUCAGCUCACACAGGCAGGCCGAACUCUCGUAGCCUUCCUACUCAAUUGUCAAGCCGAGUCUCUUCGUCCGCUUAUUACUCCCGCACUCGACGCAUUGCGCUCGUGUGUAGGCCUCCUGAAGCGUUUCAGUAAUCGCUAUAUCUGUGGCUUGAGAUCCGGGGACCUCAUGGAGGAGUUCUGCAGAAUCACUCAAAUCCCGCUUGACACCCCAUCGCUCUCACAGGAAUUCCCACAAACAAAACCGCUUCCUCCAUGGAUUAGACCCGUCCGGAAAAAGACUCCCUCGGCACCUCGGUCAUCGGGCAGUCACGAGUCCCCACAGGACAACACGUCCGAAGCGUUCUCCCCGAGCGACAUGUUCGUCGACCUCUCCGUCUUGCCACCUGACAAGAUCGUACCUUCCAACGGUCUGCCCAUGAACAGUCCCACCUCCCCGCUUCAACGUAGUAGCACUAUCAGCGCAAACGGGAACGGGUUCGGUUCUGGUUCGACGGUGCCUACUUCGCCGAGGCAGUAUACCUCCGUGGCGAACCAUGCGCCACACUUUAUGGAUACUUCGGGCGGGGUGGGAGAUCCAUUGAAUAUCAAGUCGGAUCCUGCGUUGGCUUUGACGCCGGCGGAGAUUAUGGCGCUGUUUAAUGAUGGCGGGAUGGAUAUGGCGAGCUUGUUCCCUUCGUCGUUACCGAGUGAGUUCUUGGGCGACGAUUUGGGAGCGGGUGGGAACACGCUUUACUCUCAGUCGACUUCAACGGCAUUCGGGAAGGGAAGAAGGGCUAGUGGGAGUAAUGGGGAUCUGUCGGGGCUCGUGUCGUCGCCAUAGCCUACGCUCGGGGUCCUCCUUGACUUUCAUUCUGUUUCGAGUCUCGUCUUCAUAAUCCUCGUCGGUGGACUUUGGUUUGGAUCCGUUGGCCGUGGUACUACUACUACCAGUAUGCCGUGCUUUGUGUUUGUAUAUUUUCGAAAUGGUCCCUUCAUCCAACGGCGGACCGCGCCCUCGUUGAGUCUUCGACUCGUCGUUUGUUCUCUUGGUCUGUCUACGUACGUUCGUCUGUCGUGACAGUUGUAUCAUUAUCCCUUAGGUUCAGCUUCUUGCUCUCGAUCGCUUUUCCCUUCCCUGUUCAAGUUCCUCUGACUCGGUUGUCGUACUCCGUUCUCAUGGUUUCGUGCCGUGCCCCCCGUCGAAGUCAUAAAUAAUUGUAUGUUGAGCGUACUUUCUGGAUGUCAUGUAUCUCUGUCUCUGACCCCUGCUGUUCUUCGCGCAAUUUCUGAAAUUGAAUG